AUGUGGCCUUCAAAAGUUUUUCUUUUCUUCUGUUUGAUUCCUAUCAUCCAAAACAGAAAGAAUGUACUAUUUCUAGUGUCGGAUGAUAUGAGACCAGAACUAGCGGCAUAUUAUGGCCAGGAUUUUCCAACACCUAUCCAUCCACAGAUUCAUUCGCCAAAUCUUGACGCGUUAGCUUCAAAAAGUAUUCUACUAAAGAGGGCGUAUGUGCAACAAGCCGUUUGUUCACCGAGUCGGACAUCGUUAUUAACAGGUCGUCGUCCGGAUACAACUCAUGUUUACGAUCUGGUAAAGUAUUUUAGAGACGUUGGUGGUAAUUUCACUACUCUCCCAGAGUAUUUCAAACUCAAUGGAUAUACAGUGGCAGGGAUGGGAAAAAUCUUUCAUCCCGGUAAAGCAUCUGGCUAUGACGACCCUAGUUCUUGGAAUGUUCCAUAUUUUCAUGCUUCAAACCAAGCACGAUACACAACAAAACAGAAAAGCUGGCGAGCGGUUCCAACAAGUGAGUACGUUGCUUACCCUUUACCAGACAGACAAAUAGCAGAUAAUGCUAUCACUACAUUGCGUACUGUAGCUCCUCCAGCCCUCAGUGGUGACAAAAACUUCUUUGUGGCUGUUGGCUUCCAUAAACCGCACUUACCAUUCCUGUUUGAAGAGGAUUUUCUUAACCUAUAUCCACGAGAAAAUAUCCGUCUUCCUGAUAAUGGAUAUGCUCCUGUAGAUAUGCCGUCGGUUGCGUGGUUUAGCUACGGCGGUUUAAGAUCAUUCCAUGAUAUCGCAAAACUUAACGCGUCUGGAAACAUCAACACGUCACUACCUAACGACACCAUAAUAGACCUUCGUCGUGCCUAUUAUAGUGCUUUAUCUUAUACAGAUUUUCAGGUCGGCCGAGUCAUUGCAGAACUCGAAAAUCUUGGUUUGGGCAACAAUACGAUUGUUUCAUUUUGGGCUGACCACGGAUGGCAGCUUGGUGAACAUGGUGAGUGGUGCAAACAAACGAAUUUUGAAGACGCCGUGCAUGCCCCAAUGAUGAUCCAUAUACCUGGUUUAACCGACAAGGGAGUUGUGACAGAACAGCUUACCGAGUUCGUAGAUUUAUAUCCAACUCUUGUUGAAGCUGCAGGACUACCUGUCCUUGACCUGUGCCCAGAAGAUUCCACUAAAGUAGCUUUAUGUCGAGAAGGAACCAGUUUAAUGCCGUUAAUUUUGAACCCAUCGAUUGAAUUCAAACGAGCAGUUUUUUCACAGUAUCCGAGAUCGACGGAUGGUCAUAAUGUUAUGGGCUAUACCAUGAGAACGGACCGGUAUAGAUACACUGAAUGGCCUGAAUUUACUGGUUCUCCUGACUAUAAACCACUGUGGGGAAAUGUGUUUGGUAUUGAGCUCUAUGAUCACAAUGUCGAUCCGGAAGAGAACCACAAUCGUGCUUAUGAUCUUAAAUACUCAGCCGUUCGACAAAGGCUUACUAAACAGCUACAUGAUGGUUGGCGCCACAAUUAA